UUGAGUUAUCUGCCCCAGCUAGUCGUCAAAGUCUAUCGAAGGCUUAACACAAAUUGGAUGAGAAAAUGCCUCGCCACAGGAAUAAUUCUGCCAGACAGGCACAGCAACCAGAAGACGAUCGUAACAAGGGCCAAAUGAAGAAGGCUUCUAUUCAACUGAAGACGGACGAUAUGGCCACACCAGACAAUGAGGAGAUGUCCACCUCCAAUCCAGACAAUCUCAUCCAAGACAACACCGACCUGCAGCAGCCGCAGACGCGGCAGCAGCAGCAGCAGCAGAUGAAGCUGCCCAACUUUAUGGCCCUCAAAAUGGAUAACUUCGCUAAUUACCUAGGAUCAGUUCCCACCCGAAUUAUUUCACCUCGCAGCAACUCUGUAGACCGAAAGCUGCAGAAGAGUGACAUUCAGCAAGGAUCCUGGAAUCGAGUGCAGUCGCUGGACAGAGACAAAAGGGAUGAGAGUCCUACUCUUACCUUUUUGUCACCCCAGUCGCGUCGUGCCGAGAAUGUUGGUAUUCUGUAUCAACGUACCGAUCCCUAUCAUCAAGGAUAUCCAGAUGAAGCCAAACACAAUGAUGAGCCAGGUGAAGCGCGUAGUACUGAUGAAAUUGGAGUUGAAUAUCCUACCCUAGGUAAAGAUGCUGAAUGCCAAAUUGGAUAAAAUUUUAAAUAAUGAUCAAGCAAGAUUCAAAAUACUUAACUCUUUACACUUUACACCUUACAUCUUACACUUUACACUAAUUGAUGAGGCAAAAUAAAGCAAUGCAAAGGAGGCAAAGAUGCCCCAUUAA